AUGGAGGGUGAGGGUGAGACGCCUUACCAGCUGUUGUCGAACCGUAUCAGCCUCGACCUCCGCCUCGAUGCGAUGACGCACCACCGCCGCACCCGGCGCCCGGCGUCCCCUGCUCCCGCGGACUACCAGCAACAGCACCAUGGUAAGGAAGCCUUUUCGUGCAACUACUGCCAGCGAAAGUUCUUUAGCUCGCAGGCGCUCGGCGGCCACCAGAACGCCCACAAGAACGAGCGCGCCCUCGCCGACCGCACCCUCGCCAAGCGCAGACGCGACGCCUCUGCAGGCAUAAACGCCGCCGUCGCCGCCACGCCUUCCUCGCCGGCCGUCAUCCACAGCUGGCUCCACGGCGGCGGUGAUCUUUGGGCCUACGCCGCUACUUCACCCCCCACGAGCUUGAGCAUGGGCAUGGGCAUGGACGGCUGGGAUGGCACUCGCCUCACCACGACGGUCGGUGGGGAGACCACGGCGGAGAUGGACUUGUCGCUCAAGCUCUGCCUCUGA